GCAUCUUUCUAAGCACGGUACAUCGCCGGUAAUUUUCCAUAUUCAUUCUCGUUUGAUUGCGCGUCCACUCGCUCCAAUAAAAGCGUGCGAUGAAAGUUGCAGUGCGUGCAACGAAUCGUGCGUAACUAUCGCUCGGAGCGGCGCAGCUUCGUCGUAACCUCUACGGGACGGAUCGACAGUUUACCGCCAUGAUCUGAUCCGUUAAUAAUCAGGGACACCGGAGAUAAAUCGGUUCAUAAAUACUUAUGAAUCGCCGUGCACGCAGCUUCAUGUGCGCGAUUGUUUACGUCUCUCAUUAUGGAAUGGUGUAAUAUAUCAUUCCUCGAAAGAUACAGCGACCGCACCUCCGUUGCUCGACUAGAACGGCUCGAUGCAGCUAUCGCAUCGCAGCAGACCUAAGAGAGGACAUACGCGGACCUUCUGAACGCUAAUGUUUUUCCUGUCAAACAUGUGAGCCUAUUUUUGACAGACUGCAACGACAUAUACAUACAUAGAGAGCUGCAUAUAUAUGUAUAAAUAUACAUAUACAUGUGUGUAUAUAUAUAUGUAUAUAUAGAUGACUGUAAAUAAUGGUGUUUUGGGCCGUCAUUUAUUCGGUGGCGAUAUUUCUGCGCUUCGAUCCCGUACAAGCAAAGCCGGAGUCGCAAGGAUAUUGCGCCCCGUACAGCGGCAAGAUCUGCAAGAAGUAUCUUACCGGCAUAGGGAAGGUGUGGUUUAACGAUUCCAAUGACAAUCCUGGCGGAUGGCUGAACGAGAGGAUCACCACGGACCUUUGGGAGGAGCUGAUACAGAUCCUGGUAGAGCCAUGUCGUUCAGCUGCGGAGAAGAUGCUCUGCAUGUACGCGUUUCCGCUGUGCCAUGAAUCCGUGGGUCUACCACUGUGCUAUGAGGAUUGCAUGGCCGUCCGCCAGCAAUUCUGCUUCAACGAUUGGGCGAUGAUCGAGGAUAACAAGCAGAGGGACGUUUACAUUCGCUCGCGUGGACAUUUCGUGCUACCGGAAUGCGAGAGCCUGCCAAAAGUGAAUAAGCAGACGCCCACUUGCUCGCAUGUACAUUUGACCGACAUGAACGAAGAAGUUGUCACUCGUGACUGUAUCAGAGGUAAUGGUAGAUUCUACAUGGGAAAAGUCAACAAGACCAAAUACGGACUGGACUGUCAGUCGUGGAGCGCGCAGGUGCCGCAUAAUCACGACAAGCCGCCCGACGUCUUCCCGCAAAUUCGCUACGGCGAGAAUUACUGUAGAAACGCGGGCGGCGAUGAGCCGAUGCCGUGGUGCUUCACGACCGAUUCUUCGAUACGCUGGCAGCAUUGCGACAUUCCUAUAUGUGAUAAUGUUACAACUAUGGUGGAGAUUGAACCAAAGGACAUGAUGGAUGUUAUAUUUAGUCACACGCCUUUGCUUAUUAUAUCAGCGUUGGGCUUCAUUAUUGUAAUCGGUACACUACUGUCCGUUCUCCUGAGUCAAAGACUGCACAAACGUCAUCGAGGAUACAAUCCGACUGAAAAUCAAGAUGUGAACAUCGAUUUGGACAAACUGCCGAACAACGAGGCGUAUCACAAGACGAGCGCGCAGCUGAAUCCCAUGUUGGAGAAGCUCGAGUUCCCGCGGAACAACAUCAUCUACGUGCGAGAUUUAGGGCAGGGCGCUUUCGGCCGCGUGUUCCAGGCGAAGGCGCCGGGGCUGGUGCCGGGCGAGGAGUUCACGAACGUCGCCGUGAAGAUGCUGAAGGAGGAGGCGUCGGACGAUCUGCUGCUGGACUUCGAGCGGGAGGCGUGUCUGCUCGCCGAGUUCGAUCACCCGAACAUCGUGAAGCUGCUGGGCGUGUGCGCGCUGGGCCGACCGAUGUGCUUGCUGUUCGAGUACAUGGGCCGCGGCGAUCUCAACGAGUUCCUGCGUUCCUGCUCGCCAAGCAGCUACGUCAUCCGCGCGCCGACGUCGAAUGCGGACGACUGCGGAGCAACGACGGGCGAGCCUUCACGGCUCUCGCACAUGGAUCUGAUCAACAUCGCGCUCCAAGUGGCGUCCGGUAUGGUCUAUCUGUCCGACCGGAAGUUCGUCCACCGCGACCUCGCGACCCGCAACUGCCUGAUAAACGAUCAAAUGAUCGUCAAGAUCGCGGAUUUCGGACUGUCACAGAAGAUAUACCUGCAGGAUUAUUAUAAAGGGGACGAGCAGGAUGCUAUCCCCGUUAGAUGGAUGCCGCUCGAGAGCAUACUGUACAACAAGUACACCGUGGAGUCGGACGUGUGGGCGUUCGCCGUAUGCUUGUGGGAGAUCUUCAGCUUCGCGCUGCAACCGUACUACGGGAUGACGCACGAGGAAGUGGUCAAGUACAUCAAGGAGGGUGACGUGCUACGAUGCCCGGACAACACGCCGCAGUCGAUCUACGACCUGAUGAAGCUCUGCUGGAACAGGCGACCGCCCGAUCGGCCUACCUUCCGCAUAAUCUAUCAGACUCUCGAGGGCAUAAGACACGACUUGGAGGCGGAGAAUAAAUCGGACAGCGUUCCGCUACGUAUUCGCGUAUGAAUGUAAUAAUACUACGAUAAUAAUCGAUUUCUCUCUUUGUCUCGGUAAUGCGCGGCGGCCAGAUUUGUCUGAUCCCGGGAGAACGAAAACGUUUUAUCACGUCGAAUAUUCCGCGACUUGAGAUUAGACUGCCGGAAUAGCUGUGGAUGGAUGAUGUAUACGGGGUUUCUUAUCCACCGUCCGCCGUGGGCAGUAAAUAAGAAACAGCUUGUAUACAAGCAUAAAGCGUAUAAGUAAUCGCACAAUUUAUAUAUUAAACAAUUAAACAUUCUGCUUGCGUUUGCACGCAAUCGUACAAGAUACUUCUGUCCUCCUGGAUAGGCAAAUCUCGCGCUGUGCGGCUGCACGAUCAAUUAAGGGUAAGCGAUAUCACUUAAGUGUACCUAGUACUUACUUCGAUCGCAUCUCCAGGUAAGUAACUCUGUAUUGUGUAUCAUGAGUGUAACGUGGAAUGCCUUCUAGUUGGAUUCGCCCGAUAUAUUGAAUCUCAGUUAUCAGUUGUGGGAAGUGAGAAAAGGACCAAUAUGUAAAACAGACGCGAUAUUGCGCAAUACGCGUUGAUUACUUCUUAAAUAGAUGUUCGUCUCUGUCUCGGGGGAUGCAGUACUACUCUUUUACCACCCCGGAGAAUCUCUUCUUCUUUACGAAUAUUGUAUUGGAUCAUGUUUGCGCUCGUUUUUACUUGCUGUUCGAUUAGCUUCCACUCAUCGAGGUUGCCACUUGUCCGAUAUUAAUUGAUCUUAAUUUUUUUACUUUUUGAUCUUCGUAUUUAUUACAACAAAUAUUUAUAUUUGAAAAUGUAAUCUUGAAAAUAGUUUUUGUGGGUAAUGGUUUUAUACAGCAAUACCUAUCAUUGUAUAUCUUGUAUAAUUUAUAAAAUAUUUAUAAUUGUCCUACCUCUCGUUUUAUCAUCAAAUAUUUGUUAAGUAAAUUUUCCAAGUCAUGUACACGAGAUACUUAAAAAUAUUCGUAGAUUCGUGAACCGUUUCGUAUUUUAAUAGAUCUUUUUUAAUAGAUAUAUUUAAAGUUUGUUAUGCAAGUUUACACUUACUUUAUAUAAAACGAUUUUUUAAAUGAAUUUUAACAAUUUAUAGAGCUUGUCAUUCUUCUUCUUCAUACUCAUUCUUCUCUUUUUCAUUAAAUGUCGAAUGACGUUCGUAUAAUGUGAGAAAGUGGCAGCCCUAAUUACGCAUUUGGAUUCACGCUUUUACGAAUAAAGCAUUGAUUGAGUCUGUACAAAUGUAAAAGCGGUGUGGCUACAAAAACGCAUUUAGCGACGUUAUAUUUAGAGGUUCCUUGAUUGUUAGACGUGUGUUAGGUUGUUAGAUCGUUUGCUGUACCAAAAAAAAAGAAAAAAACGUAUACAGAUAAAUGAAACCUAUAUUUAAUGUGCUGAAAUUAAUGAGAAAAGAAUUAUGAGGAAUGUUAAACGGAUCGCUAAGUGAGUGUACACUGUGCAGUUGUUGUAAAUUAAGGGAAAAACAGAGAAACGCCUCACAAUGUUCUACAACGUACGAAAUGGUUUCUCGCAGAUAUUUUGUACGAUCGUCAAUUAUGUUUAGCGUUUUGUCGUGUGUGAGUUUUUUUUUAGGUUUUUAAUAACGCGCACUAUUAUUUAAUGCGUGAUGUGUGCUCCGUGAAUGUACGAAGGAAUAAUUGGACUCUGCAUUCAGCGUACGAUACAGGGUAUACGUUGCAAUACCCUGCAAAAAGAAAAGACUGAUUGCGUCCACUUAGCUGUCGCUUAUUUAUAGUUUGCGAACUUCGACUCGCUAACUGCCUUGUUAAGGAGAUAACUCGCUAUUUCAUUCGACUCGUUGCACCUUUUCGCGACCGAAACGACUGAAAUCGUCUUCACUGCCGCGAUUUACAUUCCACUAAAUGUUCAUUGUUAAGCCAGCAUAUAUGCUACGAAGGAUCGUCCGCAUUAUACGCUAUACUAUGUAUUGUGUACACCAAUUUCGUUCGCCUUUUAUACUUUUUCUAUCCAGCCGGUGUAAGAGUAUUACGUAAGCUAUGUAUAACGGUCGGUCUUGGAGCACGUAUUUUGAUUUCACUGCAACGUUCCGCGUGUACUCUUGCUCUUAUUAGGCAGACUGUAGAACUGAACGAGUAGCACGUAUAUAUGUAAUUUUUUUCAUUUUUUUAUAAUAAAUAGUUUAAAAGUUAUGUCGGUCUCGCUCUUAUUAGACAGACUGUACGUAUAUCCGUUCCGAUUGAUUAAAAAGAAAACAUGAUACGUCUCCGCGAGAAGAAAAAUAUUCUCGCUGCAUCCUUCUCACAAUAUUAUGCAUGUCGUUAACGGUAGCAAAACGUGAUUUCUUUGCUGGUAAAGCAUCUUAAAUCCAUGUUUCUCAAUGAUUGUACCGGAACGUUGGACGAAGCUCGUUACAGCCUUUUUGUUCCUAAAUAUGCACUUUUAAGACAAUUUGCGCGGGAACAUUUUUCGAUGAACGCUCUUCCAUAAGCUUCUUUAUAUUGUAUGUUUAUAUGCUGUGUGUGAGGAGCAUGAUAGUAUCGUAACGCGACAUACAGAGCUUUCACAGGAAAAGAAUUAACGCUACGAGCGUCAAAUUUCUCAAAAGUCUCACGUUCAAUUUUCAGAGUAACUAAAUUCGUAAUAACUAAGAUCGAACAAUCCCCAGCGGAUGGUCUGGAAUUAAUACUCAUCUAUAAGAUUGAUAUCUCCAUUUAAAAUCGUUUUAUUAGCAUAGAUAUCACGUAAAAAAUAAAUAGUUUCGUGAAAAUCUUGUAUUCUCUUACGGGUGAUAACGUACAUGUACCUACGAGAGCUGAUUGAAAAAUUUAGCGAGCAAGCAAAAUAAGGAAAAGAGUAUUGGAAUGGAAACCAACUAGAUGGAGGAUUUUCUUCUUGUUUAUUGACAUUCAUAAGACUCUUCGAAGGGUGAGGUCUAUAUGCCAUUCUAUAUAUCCCACACGUGUCGUGAUAAAAAUGGAAUAAAAUUACUGGAGGAUGAAAGGAAGGGAGAGAAGAUUCCAUUCGAAUGAGGAGCUCGUUGCUACGUAAACAACUACUUGGAAGGGCUUGACGAGAAUUACUUCCGUGAUUUUCCUUUCGUCGUAUAACAAAAUUGCAACAUCGCUGAUUUCAGUGCACCAAACUUCGAAUAUUGAAGAAUAAAAAGAAAUUGGAAUUAAAAAAGAAAAAUUCUACGUACUUAUAUGAUUCGCAAGACUUUUCAAUCAGUCCUCGUAUUGCCUGUGACCAAAAAAAUCCACUACUGCCAUUACAUAUAUAUGUAAUCGUUGCGUUCUCGUGCAUGGUACAUUAUCAAUAUUGAUGCGGAAACCCCGUUCUUUGGAGGUGCGGCAUAACGAAACCGCGUGAAUUCUUCCAGCAAAUAAUUGGUGUAAUCGUGACUUUUGUAAAUAAUCGACGACAUGUCUCUCACGGGUCUGUACUGCCGACAAUACCGUUUAUACCGUUUCUACUAUUUCUACCAUUUACAUAUAAUGUCAGCCGUAUCGCUAUUCCGAUCACUCCUUUCCGUUGUAGGUUCUACUUGUAUCACGCUGAGUCCAAUAAUCGAUCUAAUUAUACCGCGAACACCUUGAAAAAAAAAUGUGAAACUUUACCGAUGUACAACCUUGACAAGAAAUAAACAACCAAUUUCAUA